AACACCGUCCAACGCACAUUUGUACUAAAGUUAAUUUAGCGAUGGACUUAAUUUAGCUGGACUUUUACGCAUACCAAGACUCUUUUUUUUUUAAUUAGUUUGGAUGGUGGUGGCGGUUAGCAAAAGGCGGCGACGUUAUAUCGACAAAGCGUCGAGGCGCUCGUCUGUUUGUGUGUUUUACCGAAAAAUAGAUAGCAACAGCGGAUAAAGUGAAACUAACUACAACGACAUGAGUUACUGAAGAAGAUCUACAAAGCGUUUCUAUUCUGUUUUUGGUGUGAUUCUUCAUGAAAAUUAGUAAACAAACGAAAAAGGAAUUUUAUGAUACAUAUAAAAAAACGCAUCAAAAGAUAAACAAUAAAUUAAUGUACGCCGGAUGGAAAAGGACUGAUUCAGGAGGACACGAAUGCUUUGUGGAAUAUAAGGAGCCAAACACAAUGGGAUGCGUGGAAUUCGUAGCUACCGCAGGAUCUCUGAUCCUGUUGAUUUUGACACUACCGUUCUCAUUAUUUUGGUGUUUUAAGGUUGUCCAGGAGUACGAAAGAGCCGUAAUAUUUCGUUUAGGUCGUCUUCGGACGGGCGGGGCGCGGGGCCCUGGGAUAUUUUUCAUUUUACCCUGCGUCGACAGCUAUUGCAAAGUUGAUCUUAGAACCGUUUCAUUUGACGUACCCCCUCAGGAAGCCCUAACAAAGGAUUCUGUUACGGUAACAGUAGACGCAGUAGUAUAUUACAGAAUACAAGACCCCUUAAAUGCAGUUGUUAAAGUAACUAACUACAGUAACUCCACUCGCUUGCUGGCUAUGACAACGUUGAGGAACAUUUUGGGAACGAGAAACCUUUCCGAAAUUUUGUCCGAUCGUGAAGCAAUAUCGCACGCGAUGCAGACUUCACUGGACGUUGCUACAGAUCCGUGGGGUGUUAAAGUGGAGAGGGUUGAAAUAAAAGACGUUAGUUUGCCCCAGCAGCUUCAAAGAGCUAUGGCGGCAGAGGCCGAAGCCACUAGGGAAGCUAGGGCCAAAGUAAUAGCAGCCGAGGGUGAAAUGAGAGCUUCCAGAGCCUUGAAAGAAGCGGCGGACGUCAUUAACGAAAGCCCCGGAGCGUUACAGCUAAGGUACCUACAAACCCUGAACAAUAUUUCAGCAGAAAAGAAUUCUACCAUAAUUUUCCCGUUACCAAUAGAUUUAAUGACGCCAUUUUUAGCUGCUGGACGACAAAUGGAAAGCAGAAUGUCGCAAAUAAUUUAAACAUAAGAUUAAUUUUUAUUUAAUAAACUUACGUCU